AUGAUUGAGUUAAACAAUCAUUCAAAAAUAAAUAAAAAUGAAAAUAAUACUAAUACUAGAAAUAAUUCAUCUAAUAAUAACAAUAAUAAUAAUAAUAUAAAUAAAACCAAUACAAAUAAAUACUUUGAAUAUAAUCAAAAUUCAAUAAUUUAUUCUAGUAUUCCGAAUUCUUUUUUAAGUCAUCAUCCAAAUUCAGUAGGGUCACAGUGUUUAUCAUUAAACUCAUUUCUUCCACCCAAACCACCGAUAUUAUUAUCGAUUUUCAAUUCAGACACAAUAGGUAAUAAUAAUAAUAAUAAUUAUAGUAGUAGCAGUAGUAGAAAUAAUAGUAGUGGUUGUAGUAGUAGUAAUAAUAAUAAUAAUAAUAAUAAUAAUAAUAAUAAUAAUAAUAAUAAUAAUAAUAAUAAUAAUAAUAAUAAUUGUAAUAUUGAACAAUAUAAAAACAAUCAAAAACAACCAAAACAACAACAACAACAAAAAGACCAAACAAUUGCUACCCAACAUAGAAUAUCAUUGUCAUCAUCGUCAUCAUCAUCGUCAUUAUCAUCAUCAUCAUCAUCAUCAUCAGUUAAACAAUCAUUUCAAAUUGUAAAGAGGUUGUUCGGUAGUUUAUCAGAAUAUAUGUUUCCACAAAAAGACGAAAUCCUAUAUGAAACUGAUCCGUAUUACCUUUAUCAGGAUGAUACUCAAUCAAAUGAUAGUAACGAAUUUUAUGAUGAUACAGACAUUGGUAGCGAUAUCGAUGAAGCAAAUUUAAACAAUACAUAUAAUAUACAAAAUUGUAAUAAAACCUUAUAUAAUAAACAACAGCAACAAGCACACUUUGUAAAUAUGAAUAAAAAUGUAAAUAGUAACAAUGGUACUGGUAACAGUAACCAAUCAAACAAUGUAAAUAAAAAUCAACAAAACAACAACAACAACAAUAAUAAUAAUAGCCAUAAUAAUAAUAAUGGUAACCAAAAUAGUAGUAGUAGUAGCUCCAAUAGUGGGGCAAGUGGUAGUGGAGGUAAUGGUAAUAAUAAUAAUAACAACAAUAAUAAUAACAAUAAUAAUAAUAACAAUAAUAAUAAUAGUAAUAGUAAUAGUAAUAAUAAUAGUAAAAGCAACAAUAAUAAUAAAAAGGAAGGAAAAGAUGGAGCAACAAUGAAUGGAAGUCAUCCGUUAAUACCAUUUAGAAAGAAACCAGCACAAGUUCCAUCACCAUGUUUUAGAAUGAAUUCACCAAAUAGUGAUAACGAUCAAUAUUUGGACCAAUUAGCUUUGGAAAAUAGUUCAAAGAAAUCAUUGGUAGUUUAUAAUACUGAUAAUUUAGAUCAAUGGAAACAUUCUCAUUUAAAUGAAAAUUUCGAUAUUUUACAAAAUGAUUUAAUUGAUAUUCAACAACAACAACAACAGCAACAACAGCAAGAUAAUACUUUACAAUAUUCCUCACCAAUUAAUAAACGUCAAGAACAAGAACAACAACAUAUACCGUUUCAAUUUACAACUGAACAACAACAACAAUUACAGCAACAGCAACAACAACAACAACAAAAUAAAACUAAACAACAUCCAAUACUUUUACAACGUCAACAACAACAAAAACAAAAACAACAACAACAACAACAAAUUCAACAAGAACAAAUUGGUAAUAAUAAUAGUAAUAAUAAUAAUAAUAUUAAUAAUAAUAAUAAUAUAAAUAAUAAUUAUAAUAAUGUUAAUGAUUUAAUGAAUAAAUUUGAAAUUGAUCAAAAACAACAUGAUUCUCAACAAAAUCUUGUUGAAGAGAAAAGAACACCUUCAUUUCAUGAACAUAAUAUCAUUUUUAAUUCAUUUAAUUUUAUUUGUUCAAUAGUAUUGGAUGGUUCAAAUAUUAAAUCAACUGAAAAAUAUAAAGCAAAAUUAAUCAUUGGUUUUUGUUUUACAAUUUUAAGUUUUAUACCUUCUUGGAUAAUAUUUUUUUGGUUAUCUGGUAUUAAUAAACCAGCAGUAAUGGCAAUAAUUGCAAUGCCAAUGUCAAUUUCAAGUUUAGUAAUUUUAAAAAGAACUGGUUCAAUUCAUUAUCCAUGUCAUAUUUUAUGUUUUACAUUAUGUUUUGCAUUAACAAUUAAUUCAUAUUAUACUGGUGGUCAUCAGAGUACGAUUAGAUUGUUAAUGAGUACAGUACCUAUUAUAUCGGCAUUGGUUUUAGGUAGAAAAGCAUCGAUACAAUGGUCAUUAAUGGUUUUAUCAAUUUAUUUAUUAUUUUUUGUAGCCAAUUUGUAUGGACAUGAAUAUGUUCAAGGUAUACCAUCGAUUAUAAUUAGAAGUCAUAUGAAUUUCAUCAUUGAUGUAACUAUAAUCAUUAUGACAUUGAUUUUCACAUUAUGUUAUCAAUACUUUAUAGAUGAAGCACAUAGAGAAACUAAAUUAAAGAAUGCACAAUUAACAAUUGCAAAGGAUGCUGCCAUUGAGGCAUAUCAAGCACGUCAAGAGUUUUUAGCGACAAUGAGUCAUGAAAUUCGUACACCAUUGAAUGGUUUAAUUGGUAUGGCAACUUUGUUGAGAGAUUCACAUAAUCUACCACCAGAGGAGAAGACAAUGGCAAAGGCUGUCAAAUCGUGUGGUGAUAUUCUACUAAGAUUGGUUAAUGAUAUUUUAGAUCUUUCGAAAUUGGAGGCCAAUCAAAUGGGUUUAGAACAUAUACCAUUUAGAAUGAGAGAAUUAACUCAACAAAUUUGUCAUGUUUUGUCUGGUCAAGCUAAUGAAAAGAAUAUUCAUUUAUCAUGUGAGGUUUCCGAUAAGAUUCCUUCGAUUUUACUUGGUGACUCUGGCAGAAUCUUACAAAUACUAAUGAAUUUAACUGGUAAUGCUUUGAAAUUCACUCAGAGUGGUUAUGUUAAAAUCAUAAUUGACCUCAUCGAAGAGGAGUCCGAAUUGGUGUCUUUGAAAAAGGGUGAAUAUAAUAUAUCAUUUCGUGUAAAAGAUACCGGUAUUGGUGUACCAGUUGAAAGUCAUCAAAAGAUUUUCGAAGCCUUUGUUCAGGCUGACCCCUCUGAUAGUAGAAAGUAUGGUGGGUCAGGUUUGGGACUUUAUUUAUGUGCAAAGUUGGUACGUUUAAUGAAGGGUGAAAUAGGAGUUUACAACAAUCCCGAUUGUGAUGGUUCUACCUUUUGGUUCAUUUUACCUUUGGAGGAGGGUACCGACCAAUCAAUGCAACAAAUGAACAAUGGCGCACGUCAUAAAGCUUUCCCUCAAGAUUGUGUAAAAGUUUUAAUCGCUGAAGAUAACAUUAUCAAUCAAAGAGUGGCCGUUAAAUUCUUGGAGAAAAUUGGUAUCAAGGCUGAAGUCGCUGGCAAUGGUAAUGAGGUUUUGGAAAUAUUAGAAAGACAACAUUAUGAUCUCAUAUUUAUGGACUUUCAAAUGCCAAUACUCGAUGGUUUAAGAUGCUCAAAAACUAUUAGAGAAUUUGAACAAAAUCAUAAAUGGAAUAGAAUUUGUCCUUCCAUUUUCAUUUGUGGUUUAACUGCCAAUACAAUGUCUACUGAUAAAAAGAGAUGCUUCGAUCAUGGUAUGAAUCAUUUCAUUUCAAAACCAUUUCAACUUGAACAACUUAGAUCUGCAAUUGAAAUGGCAAUUGAACAUAAACAAAGAAAUUUAAUGAAUUUAAAUAUUCGUAAUUAA